AUGACAGAAAACGUGGAACAGCUGAGCCUGCUGUACAUUCAAGAGAUUGUACAUUUACAUGGAGUACCUAUCUCGAUAGUAUCUGACAAAGAUCCACGUUUCGUAUCACACUUUUGGAGAGGAUUGCAGAAGGCAUUAGGAACAGACGUGAGGCUUAGCACGGCCUUCCACCCCCAGUCAGAUGGACAAACGGAGAGAACAAUACAGACACUAGAGGACAUGCUGAGAGCCUGUGCCUUGGAUUUUUCUAGAAACUGGGAGCAGCACUUACCAUUGGUAGAGUUUGCCUACAACAACAGCUACCAUGCAAUAGGAGAUCAUGUAUUCCUGAAAAUCAGACCGAAGAAAGGAGUUAUCAGAUUUGGGAAAAAGGGAAAGUUGUCCCCAUGCUACAUUGAACCUUCCGACAUCGUGGAGAAAAUCGGAAAGGUUGCGUAUUGUCUAGCACUACCACCACAGCUAGAUAGAGUACAUAACGUAUUCCACGUUUCAAUGCUUCGCAAGUAUCUCGCGUUGCCCACACAUGUCUUCAACUGGGAAGACAUCUCCAUUGAAGAAGACGUGACAUACGAAGAAGAACCAAUAGAGAUUCAAGACUGA